CCCGUGUACCGGGGUUACGGACGUCCUGUGCAGGGAGCGGAGGCCGUUACCCCGUACCGGGGCCACGGGAGUCCCGGUGGUGCUGCGUGUCCCCCCCCGCACCGGUGGCAGGGAGCUCCCCCGCACCCGGGCUACGGCCGCCCCCUGCGCCACCGGGGGUGUUGUCCGGAGCAACGGGGGCCGCUGCGGCUGCCCCCGCCCCCGCAGCGCCCCGGCCGCUCGGUACUGACCGCCCCUUCCCGUUCCCGCAGGUCUCAGCCCGAUGCGGGCUCAGUGCACCGGGGUGGGAGGCAGCCCCCCGGCGGAGCCCGGCUGCCCGCCAUGCCCUGGAGCGUCCGGUGGGUGGGCGGUCGCGGCGCCCAGUCCCAGAAGCAGUGCAAGAAAUCCUCCUUCGCCUUCUACCAGGCGGUGAGGGACCUGCUGCCCGUCUGGUUCCUGGAGGACAUGAGGACCAUGGAGGUCUUCCACUGGGAGGACGGGGGCAAGGUGAGCGUGUACUCGCCCUCGGAGGCCCUGCUCUACGCCCUGGUCCACGACCACCAGCCCUACGCCCGCCACCUCCUGACUAAGUUCCCUCAGAGCGCCCUGGCCGUGCCCAGCCAGAGCUUCAGCUGCUGCCAGUCCUCGGCCCCGCACCUGGCCAUGGCCGUCCGCUACGACCGCGUCCGCAUCCUCUUCCGAAUCCUCAAGGCCAUCCAGGCCUUCCCGCCGGGAGACAGGGCCGGCCACCUGGACCGACGGGGCUGCAGCCGCGUGGAGGGCGGCAAGACGGCCUUGCACGUGGCCUGCGAACUGGUGAGGCCCGAGUGCCUGCUGCUGCUGCUGGGGCACGGCGCGUCGCCCUGCCUGCGGGACAGCGCCGGCAACACCCCCCUGGACACCUUGCUCCAGCAGAUGUCCCACACGCCGGCAACCAACGCGCGGGCCAAGCUCCUCUGCCUCGACUGCCUCUUCUUCUUCGUGCCUCAGGACCUCCAGUUCUCCAUGAAGCAGCAGCUGCUGGACAACCGGCAGCGGUGGCAGGACCUCCUGGGGGAGAACAGGUUCCAGUGCCUGGUGGGCUUAGCUCCCCCCUCGCUGUUCGUGGGGGCCAUGCGUGUCUUGAUCAGGACCAUUUCACCUGAGCAUUUCCCGGAGGCUCUGGACAAUCUGCCUCUGCCCCAUUUCCUAAAGCCUUUGGAUUUGAAACUGGAGAGCUAGAGGGGUGGCUGAGAGCCCCCCGCUCACCCCACAGGAACCAGACCGUUGUGCUAAAAAACCUCUCAGCAUACAAAGCUGCUAACGCAGCAGCCAAGUACCUGUUUUAAUUAGAACUGUAUUUUUUAAACGAAUUGUAUCUGGCACUUUACAAUAUAUUUUAUUUAAAGAUCCUUGCGGUGAGGUGAGGUACUCACCUCAUUUUAUAAAAACA